GCAGUUUGGUCGAUCGUUGUGUAAAAAGGUGAGAUUCAGUUUUGUUGAACAUGCCAGUGAAAUAUAUCAAUGAAAAAUACCGUUUACAUCAUCAGUGUCAGGAAACUCUUAAACCACAAUACUGAUAUCUAAGUAAAAAUAGCUGGUCCAAUUGAAUGAAUCAAUCUUCAUUGACCUUUAGGGGCCGAUGUCCUCGAUAAUUCAUCGGUUUCAAUUUCAAAUGCACAUCAGUUUUAACCGAAUGAUAGCAUCUCAAAUCUUCUCAUCAUAAUUACUUUGCAUACAUUGCACAAUUACAGUGACUAGAUAGAGAUAUAUCAUAGAUCGGUCAUGAAUUGAGAGUAAAAAUGAAAAUUUUCGAGUUCCCCAAAUAGUGUAGUAGUGAAAUGUUUUUCUCGUAAGUAUAAUGUUUAUUGUGUUCUCUCGAAGGGAUAUAACUCGAGAGGGCUAAGUUGGAAACGAGUUCAGUUGAAUAGAUUUGUGGAAAGGUAAAUAUAUUAUAUGUACGAGAAAGACGAUUUCCCUAAAGCACGAGAGCCCUAUUGAAAUGCAUAGGUGCAUGUAUAUUUUCCUUUCAGAUUAACAAUCAUGGGAGCCAUUUGGAGUCUACUAGGCUAUCCGGAUACUGGAAGGACCGACGAUCCUGAUCCAGUCACAGAACUAACUUCUCGAGACAGAUAUUUGAUUAAAAGUUCAUACCAGGCGGUUAGGAAAACGCCAACUGAUAGUGGCGUUGCAUUACUCAAUUUGUACUUCAAGAAUCAUCCGGAAGCCAAGCAGCUGUUCCCAUUCAAAGACGUACCGGACAGCGAAUUGUCUCAGAAUAAGAGGUACCAGGCGCACUGCAACAGCGUCAUCUACGGAUUUUCCGCUGUAGUGGACGCCAUUGACGAUCCAGAUAUCUUGGUACCGAUUCUGGCGAAACUCGGGGAGACCCACGUGCCUCGAAAAGUCACCAAAGAACUAUUCAUGCAACUCCGAGACACGAUAAUAGAACUGUUCUCUUCGUUUAUGAAGCCCGAAGAAAUGGACGCAUGGAAGAAAACCCUAAAAGUAGCAUUCGACGUGAUAACAGGGGCUAUGAAGUGA